AAAUGUUGCUCAAAAUUCACUAAAAGAAGCUAAAAAAACACUGGCUGAAACUUCCAUACUGACUGAACCACAGAUACAAGGAAAUGAGAAAUUUACUCAAUCAAAGAAGUCCCUCAUGACAAUUCUUACCGAGUGGCUUGAAAAGCAUGAAGAAAUCAACUUUGACAAAACUAAAUGGACUUUUGAUGAAUCAAAAGGCUUCGUUAACUGUGGACAAUGUAAAGUCAAAAUCAACAUUUCAUUGAAUGAACAAAGUGGACAAUUUAGAAUUUCUAAUGUUACACGUCAUCUUUCGAAUAUGCACAACAAAACGAAAGAAAACAGUCAAGGACGUGGAAAAGGCAGCAAACUUCUUAUGGAGAGAUUUGCGACACAACAACAAACUGGAGAGAACACCAAAAAUACCUCAAUGGAUAGUGCAGAAGGUUCCAGUUAUAUUGAAGAAGUAGACCUGCUAGAUAGCGCUGAGAUCCCCGCCGAGAUCACCCCUAUGCAGCCCAUGCAGACUAUGGAUCCGUCAGAUGAGAUUGAAACGAUUGAAACUGAGAUUGAACCACCCUCGAAAAAAAGUCAACUUGCAAAAACAAACGUGAUUUUAUCUAACCAGCUUCUUGCUCUCUGUGAAAAAUAUCGUAGUUUAAAGGCGAUUGCCAAUAAUUCGCCCACCAGUGAAGAAGCCGGGUCCCUUUUGAAGAAAAUGCUGCAACAGUCAAUCUCACAUAGCAAGAAAAAGGCGAAGGGUUACAGAUAUAUGGACGAGGGCUUAAACAACUUCUGCCUCAACACGUACAUUCUUGGAGGAAGGCGUAUGUAUGAAAUUUUUCACGCUAAUUUUAAAGGAGUAUUCCCGUCCCCUCGAACGAUGGGGGAAAGACUUGCCAAAUUUCAAACGUUUGUCCCAGAAGGAUGUGUUAACGUCAAUGGUCUUGUAGACUACCUACUUUCACACAAGCUACCAAUGGUGGUAUCCUUGAGCGAGGACGCAACAGCGAUUGUGGGAAAGAGAGAAUACAACAGUACAAGUAAUUCAAUAUAUGGAUUCAGUUUACCGUUAAAAUCUAACGGACUCCCUAAUUGGGAAGAUUCUGUGAUGAAAAACACCCUCGAUGCCGUCCGAAUGUUUUCAACUUAUAAAAGGGCGACCGUGAUUAUUGUUGUAAUGGCCCAACCGUUGGGUGACGGAAUUCCACCCAUGAGAAUCUGCUCAUUCGGUAGCGAUAACUCGUUCACGGCAACAGACGUGAAAAACAGACUAGACACGAUCGUGUCAUUGCUGAAAGAGAAAGGCAUCAGUGUGUUAACCUACAGUGCCGAUGGAGACUCUAGGGAAUUAAAAUCUAUGCGAGUAAUGCUACAAUUGGGCUAUGUACAACGCAACAAUGCUGACAAAGUUUUCCCAGGCAACACUUGCCCUUGGUUUGUGGCUACCAUUGCAAAGGAUGCACCAAUUCCCGUUCAGGACACAAUUCACGAGGGUGCCAAAAUGCGUACUCGGCUUUUAAAGGACCACAGGCCUAUGCCAUUUGGCAACAAAAUCGCAUGUCGCGAAAAUUUGGAGACCCUUUGUGGGCUGGUGACCAAAGACCAACACCUUUUACAAGAGCGUGAUCUUCUUCCCGAAGAUAAAAUGAAUUAUGACGCCGUUUCAAGACUCAUUCGACCUGGUCUCCACGAGCUUCUCAAAAAACAUGUUCCAGGUUCCGAGGGAACAAUUUUUUAUUUAAAACUGAUGGAAUAUGCCACCACCAGUUUCCUUGAUAAGCAAAUGUCUCCUUUAGAACGAAUUUUUCGCCUCUGGUUUGCAGUAUUUUCCGUUCGUUACUGGAGAUAUUGGAUGAUGUGUGACCAAGCUUAUCCAUUGGCCAAGCAUUUUUUCACCAGCAAUGCGUAUCAGUGCUUGGAGCUGAACGCUCAUUCAUUAGUCCUAACUGAACUGAGACUACAGGAGGCCAAGAUGACAGAAAUUUUUUUGCCUUGGUGUUUUGGCAGCCAACAAUGUGAAUCGUACUUUAAAGCCUUAAGGUCAUUUACUCCUGUAGGAAGUACUCAAACAAUUUUCACUGUCGGAGAGGUUAUAACGAGUCGCGGAUGGAAGGUAGAUGCAAAUUUGAUUGCAACGGCGGAAGGGGAUACGCAUGGCAUCAUCUACCCAAGGCAUAUUGCGCAACUAGAACGGUGUGGUGGGACUAAACGUGCCAUGGAGGAUGUGGAACACCCAUCGAAGAGCCAAAUUGUAUCAAUAAUCAAACGUGCAUUGCAAGAGGCAAAGUCUGAACUCAAUCAGUUGGGAGUGUUGGUGAAUGCCGCUGACAGCGAAUGUUUCAAAUACGACCCCCGUCUAGCUGUAACGUCAACUUUGUCUGAAUUGGAAAACAUUGCCGGUCCGAUAGUCGACGAUUGUGAUGAGCCUGACAUUGAAGGCGUAAGUGAAAUCGACGAUCAAUUAGACGAAAGGGAUCGCCAAGACAUCGAGAUGUUAAAUCUACUUUUUGAUGCUGAAUUUACGGACUUCACAAAUCGCUUGAGUGCUAGUAAAACAAACAAAAAAACUCUUGAUCCUUUAUCUGUCCCUUUGGAGUUAACUCCAUUUGUCAAAAUUGCUGACAAAAACAGUCGAUUGAGAGUGGUCAAAAAGAGUGCCAUUAUUUGGUUUUUGGAACACGGGGUUCGUCGACUUAGCAACGAUAGAACUUAUCGAGUUCGGGCUACUUCACCUUAUGUACAACGACAGCAUCUUAUUGUAAAGACCGUAGAAAAAAGAAUUGUCAGGAUCGGUGAUUGGUGUAUUUUCAAAACAGAUGAAGACUGUCCUUUGCCUAAUAAAUUCCUGUUGGGUAGGGUUUUGUCUUUUUCUCUACGAGUUGGGAGUAAAAAAGAAUUAGGAAAACGGGUUUUGGAAUGGGCGUAUGAUGGUGAUCAAAAUAAUUUAGGCGCUUUAUGCAUUUGGUAUGAAGUCGUGUGGAAUUCAACCAAGAAGGAGAUCCAGUCUGAAUUAAAGGACAUUAUAGUCUCGUCCCAUGGUUUCCACCCCUGCGAGACAUAUGUUUGUAGUAUUCCGCCACCAACUAUAGAUCCCAGCAAUUCCCGGUUGUUUCUUCUUCGCCACAUAAUUAGUGAUCUAUAUUCAUUUGUCAACGAGCUGUUGCCUUCUUAAUGCUAUGUGUUAAUGAUUGGAACCCAAUAAACCCCUUGAGGACAA